AUGAGCUCUGAUAGCAAAUGCGUGUUUGUCACGGUUGGUUCAACAAAGUUUGAUGCUCUGGUUGCCGCUGUGCUUAGCAACGAUGUCUUCGAAAGCCUGAAGAAGACUGGCUUUGACCGUUUGGUAAUCCAGUGCGGAAAUAGCAAAGUUCCGCUGAGCCCAAGGAUCUGGAACGAUGAAAUUCUACUGGAUACGCCAAUAAAUGGCAUCUCAACGUCGAUAUGGAGGUUCAAGAAGAGCUUGAAGGACAACUAUGCCGCGGCCGACUUGGUCAUCGGUCACGCCGGGUCUGGAACGAUCAUCGAGGUCCUACGAAUGGGCCGCAAACUCAUUGCAGUCCCCAACGAAACGCUGCUUCAUAACCAUCAAGCGGAACUUGCAGAGGCUCUGGACACCUCUGGGUACUUGAUUGCCUCUCCAGUUAGCGACCUGGCGGAAGCGAUUCAGCAGGCCAUGUCCAAAGACUUUGAACGAUUUCCAGAGUACGAUGGCUCCAAAUUUAGCAGGAUUUUGGACGAAGAGAUGGGGUUCAUCUAA